AUCGUUGAAUUGCUUCCCAAAAAGUAAACAAGCACUGAAGGAGUGUUGUGAAAAACAUUUCCAAUUUUGUAUAAAUUGAGUGAUAAAAAACUGUUUAUUACACUAACGCAAGGGAGACUAUCAUAAUUCGGGUUCAUAAUGGAAGAACCCCGUAAUUUAACGGAGUACAAGUGCUACAAAACCGACGAAGAAGGUCGAAAAACUUUCUCGUCUAUGGAACAGAUCAAAACGGAAAAAUCUAUCGAACGUUUCUACGAUCGUUACGAACAGCUGGCCGCACUCGAUUCGUCUCUGCCGAAACUAACGCGAACCGAGCAUGCCCGCUAUCUAGAGAUCUCCCUCGAACGAUUGUCCUGCGGAUAUGAAUGCUUGGACAGCAGUCGUCCCUGGCUUGUAUACUGGAUUAUGAAUGCAGCCAGUGUGCUGGGGGUAAAGUUUAAUGAUAGUUUGCUCAACCGAGUGGUGGAUUUCUUGAUCAAAUGCCGUAGUCAAGAUGGUGGAUUUGCCGGAGGGCCGGGACAAGAUCCGCAUCUGGCACCGACUUACGCUGCAGUUAACGCCCUUUGCAUUAUUGGAACCGAAAAGGCGCUUAAUGCGAUUAACCGAAGAACUCUCAAAAAAUUCCUCUGGGCCGUGAGGGAGUCCAACGGAGCAUUUAGGAUGCAUGUUGGGGGCGAGCUGGAUGUCCGCGGGGCAUACUGUGCUAUCUCAUCGGCAAAGUUAGCUGCGUUCUCCGCGGAGGACGAGGCAAAGCUGUUUGAAGGCACUGCUAGUUGGAUUGCCGAAUGUCAAACUUAUGAAGGUGGAUUCGGGGGUGCUCCGGACUUGGAAGCCCACGGAGGGUACUCGUUUUGUGCGGCAGCUGCCUUGGCCAUUCUGGGAGGGGAGGAUAAAUGCGACUUGAACGCACUGCUUCGCUGGGCUGUGAAUCGCCAGAUGGCUUACGAGGGUGGAUUUCAGGGACGUACAAACAAAUUGGUCGAUGGGUGUUACUCGUUUUGGCAGGGAGCGCUGAUCCCGGUUAUUCAAAGUUUGAUUGCGCGGAAGGAGAACUACAGGGAGAUCAUGAAUACAACAUUGUUCAAUCGUACUGCUUUGCAAGAGUACGUUUUUAUUUGCUGUCAGAAGCCAACGGGAGGAUUGAUUGACAAACCCGGGAAACCAGCUGAUCUCUACCACACAUGCUACACCCUAAGUGGUGUCGCAGUUGCUCAGCACUGUGAAACAAAUAAACCCCCGCUGGUUCUAGGCCAUCCGGAUAACGAACUGCUGCCGACCCACCCGGUUCACAACAUCCCCCCGAAGUCCGUCAUUGAUGCCUACAAGUACUUUUUGAAGAACGAAAUGAUCGAAGCGGAGCAUACCAACGGUCAGUGCAAUGGCGACGCUAGAGAUGCUGCAUCGGCAGCUCAGGUAGCCGGUGCCGAUGUCGAUGUGGUGGAUGUAGAAAUGAGAGAAUCAUCGGUGGAGUCGGUACGAUCUGGUCAGUCGGAAACGACAACGGAUUCGAUGUCCGGCGUCACGAGUAGCACCAGCCAAAGGAGCUCCGAGGAGCGUUCGGAGUCCAUCGAUUGAAACAACAUCGGUGGGGAUGAAGAAAGUAUCAAACUUUUUUUUUAACUUUUGCUAGGAGCAACAAUACAAAAUGAAUUAUGUAAACCAAUAGGCCUGACAAUGGAAACAAGUUAGCUUUAAACAGUUGUUCAAUCCCUUCUUUAUUAUCUAUACCUAUGCUCCGAUUUAAUACAUAAAUUAUAUUUCUAUACACUGGCACUGAUGCUGAUUUCUUUGA